AUGGACAGUGAUAGCAGACCCAAAAAGAAGCGAAGAGGCGGGACGCGGAGCAAAACAGACGAGGUGAAUAAAGAUGCGCCCUCGCUUGUUGAUGUCUUCAAGCUACGGAUGAACGAUUUAGAACUCCCUGAGGACCCAACGCCAACUCAAAGCUAUAUUCCGGUAAAUGGCCUAUCACCAACGGGAUCAGCAGGGCCAACUAGUCCAAAGCCAAAGAUACGGUUGACCUCAGAAAGUGCUUUCCUCUUGCAGACGUACGUACGCACCGUUGCGACAUGGAUGGACAUAUUCGACCACGCUUCCACCUACCAGCAUAAGGAUUAUCGGAGGCACUAUCUAGGCCUUGUAAGCCUCGUCAAGUCACGACGCGUUACUGCGCAAUCGACUGGCAUUGAUCUUGCCAACUUUUGGAUCUACGUUCGGCAUGAAAUCGUUGUAGCAAUGGCAAGCGAACAGCCCUUGGUGUUCAACCCUGCUGAAUGGGAGGUUUCUUGGGUAGAGGGUGAGACGAGAGAGGACGUGCUCGGAAACCAUGUUCUUUGGAUAUUGGCAAGAGUAAUCAACCUGGUGUUUGGGCCAGAUGGUAAUACAGAAGCUGGUAAAAUACAACGACAAGAUUUCCUACAUGAGAUGGAAAUAUGGCGAAGAGGUCUUUCUGAGACUUUCAUUGGUAUCCCACACGGGGAAACAGACGAGGAUGGUUUCUGUAAGGUGUAUUUUCCGGUCGCUGCAGCUGCGGCAGCUGCAUUCUGGUACCAUAUCGCGCACAUACUACUUUAUGCAGAGCCAGAAUUACAGGACGAAGCCUACAUUCCACUAAUCCAGGAGCAGGCCAUAAAAGUCACUGACAUAGCCAUAUCGGAAUUUCCACCAUCAUUGAUGGUUUUUUCUACUCAUGGCUUGUUCUACGCGGCGAAACAUAUCCAGGGUAUCUCACGGAAAGCACGAAUUUGGAAUGUUCUCAACGAAGUCGAAACACAGACUGGCUAUGAUACAAGAACGACGGUGAAGCUUCUUCAGUCACUGGUCGAACAAGAAGCAGGUCGAUAG